UGUGCCGCGCAUGUCCGCGGAGGGCCACACGUGGUUUUGUGUAAACCCCGACACGCAGACGCAAGCAGCGCUGCAGAAAUGGCGGCCGAUAGUGGCAGCUCUCCGCUGCAGCUCCCCUGCGUUUUUUCACCCAAAUCACGACAGUACUUAGCCUUGUGUGCCCAGGAUGGCAGACUUCGCAUUUGGAACACAGACAGUAAAACACUUCACCAGGAAUAUGUGCCUUCAGCCCAUUUGAGUGCCACUUGUAGCUGCAUAUCGUGGGGACCAUGCCGAACAGUGAAGGAGGGGCCUCAGAGGAAGAAGAGGAAAUCGGAGGCAGGGCAGGUGGAGGAGAAGGCAGACCUGCUGGCAAUGGGCACAGCAGCGGGCACUGUGCUCAUCUACAGUACAGUAAAGGGAGCACUGCACUGUACCCUGGAUGGAGGCCAUAGUGGAGGAGUGAAUUGUGUCCAGUGGCACCCUGAAGACAGUUUAUUAUACAGCGGCUCAGAUGACACAUAUAUUAUAGAGUGGGACCUGCAGACAGGCAAGACACGAAGUAAGUGGAAGGCGGACCGUGCAGCAGUGACCAGUUUAUGUGUGAGCCCUGACGGCAAACUGCUGCUUUCAGCCGGACAGAUAAUCAAGAUGUGGGACUUGGACACCAAGGAGGUUUACAGGAAAUUCACAGGCCACUCCACAGCUGUGACGACCCUGCGCUUUGCCACCACACGACCUCCUGACAGUAACGGUCUCUAUUUCCUGUCUGGUGCUGCACACGAUCGAUUGCUUAGUGUAUGGCAAGUUCGAGAAGACGGAAAGGACAAGAACUCAGUGGUGUCCUUCACUCUGACGGACGAGCCACAGCACAUCGACCUUGUCACAUCCAACAGCAAGGAAGAGGCGGUGAGGCUGGCAGUGGUGUGUAAGGAUGGGCAGCUGCAUCUCUUUGAGCACUUUUUAAAUGGGCCCUGUAAGAAGCCCCUCGCACCCUCAUGUACGGUGCAGAUGUCAGACACGAAGGACUCCCCGGUGCCAAUCCCCCUGCUGGCAGCCGCCCUCAGAGCUGACAUUCGCACUGUGCUGCUGGCUUAUGGCAACCACCUGCAGCCGGUUAUGGAGAAAGUGGAGAUCAACACCACAGACAGACAUGUCUGUUUGACCCGUGAUGUUCAGACCAGCUUGUCUCUUUCCAUGGAAACUGCCGUUUCCAAGGUGAAAACCCCAAUUGUCAACGCCAAAAGCAGAGUGUUGGUCCCAGGGCUUCCUGGUCAUCAAGCCCCAGUGAAGGGAACCUCACAGGGAUCAGAGAAACGGAAAAAAGACACAGACACUAAAGAGAUGUCAAUAGCGGAGCGACUAGGUGAAAUUGAUCUGUCUACAGUCUCCUCUGAGAAGGGAGCUCCUAAAGGGACGCCCUCUUUACAGACAGACAAUUUUGCGGUGCUGCUGGUGCAGGGUCUGGAGAGUAAUGAUGCCAACAUCCUAAAUAAAGUUUUCCAGACUCGCAAAGAGAUGGUGAUAAAGAAAACGGUUGCUCGGUUACCCCUCCCUGCUGUUUUACCAUUGGUGGAAGAGAUCACAAAGAGGCUCCAAGGGCACCCUUUUACGGCAGUUCUAAUGGUACGGUGGCUCAAAGCUGUGCUGAUGCACCACACAUCAUACCUGGCCUCGCUGCCAGACCUGGUUACCCAGCUUGGAGUGCUUUAUCACAUGAUUGAGAGCAGAGUGAAGAUGUUCCACAAGCUAACAAAGCUGCAUGGGAAACUGUAUCUCCUAAUGACACAGGUGGCGACAAGUGACAGCAGCAACACAGUUACAGAUGUUGACCACGCAGCUAAGCUGGUGUAUGAAGAGGAAUCAUCAGAUGAAGAUGAGGCCUCUGGUGAUGAAGGUCUUCCUGAUGAGGACUCUGAUAAUUGGGAAGAGGAGGAGACGAUGGAAGAAGACAAGGAAGAGCAAGAAGAUGAGGACGAGGAGGAUCCCGACAGCAGAACAGAUUCCAAAGCAAACGGGGAGGAAGACAUGGAGCACGAAAACGAGAGCGAAGAGGAAUGAGAACAAACAAGGAGAAAUGUCAAUCAUACACAAAAUGGACCUGAAAGAGUUAUAUAUACUUUCAUUUUAUUUUCAUGCUUUUGAUUUUAUUAUGAGAACAAAGUAUGGUUUUACAAAAUUAAGGGACACAUGUUGGAAUUUGGGCAGUGCGGCCCCCUGCCUCGCCACAACACAGUGAUGUCAUGCUCCCUGUCUUUUCCCCCGUCUGAGGAACAGAUGCAACAUUUUGGAAAGGAGGGCGAAAUGAAAUGAAUGCAAGUUCUCCUUCUGCUUUUGUCAGUUCAGUCUGCAUCCCAGCUCUACAGCCUGAUGAGUUUGCAUUGAAAAUGACUGAAGAAAUAAUCAGGUGAUGUUCCAGUUUGCCUACACUGCAGUCUGCAUUCCAGAUUUGUCAUUGUAUAAUAAAUAGUGCAUCACAAAUAUAUUACAGUAUAUUGUAUGUCCUGCUUAACAGUAGAUGAGACAGCACUCUGUCACUGAUUGGUUCAUUCUAACCGACCAUGUAGGCCAUCUGGAACGUGCCUUUUUUGUUCACAGUGCAGGUUUGGAGUUGGGAUGCAGGGCCCCUCUUUGUUGUACAGAAUACUGCUCGAUCCAGAGGUGGGCUUGCCAGGCAAGACCAUACAUCAUGUCCCCACACAAUGUAAAUCUGUAUGUACAGUGAAGUGUUUGUAUGAGCUCUUCCCUCUACAGCUAUCCCCCAGAAAUCCUUGGGAUUAAAUGAACUCCUGUAAAGUCUCCUGGAUGCAGUUUUUUUUUUUUUUUUUCUUUUUUUAAUUUCCAGACUUGUUGCAGCCUUCUUGUUUUAAUCGUGUUCUUUUUGUGCAUUUAAUUUCCGGGCAUGCCCUGAUGUCCACUGCCUUGAACCCAGACUCACAGGGGCAAACUGAGGAAAAGAAAAUGUGAACUUUGCUCAAAUAGGUGAAUAAAUGGGUUUUCAAAAUGG